GAGCAAGACGGCAGCUGUGCAUGGAUGGAGCGCCGGCGAGGACGUGCUCCUCUUUGCCUUUUGAAUGACAACUUCCAAACUUUGGAGGACGUUUGAAGAAAAGCUACCGCUUUCGAGAUGAACGGAGGGAAUUAAUUUGCCACGCAUAGCCAGACGCAGAGCGCCGUUGCCACCUGCGGGACCGUUAACACACUUGGACCGAGCGAGCGAGCGAGCGAGCGAGCGAGCCCUUGCGCCGUCUGAGCACUGAAUGAGUCGGUCGGCUGUGUAAUGCGCACAAGUGCGCAACGUUAAAGUGAUCUGACGGCGCUCUUCAGGUGAAGAAUACAAACAGUGACUCUCAUGUUCCAGACCCUUCCGACAGCAGGCCUAUGGAAAUGCAGGACCUAGCCAGUCCUCAUAAUCGCGUGGGUGGCGCAGAUUCGAGCGGCUCCAAGCUAGACAAGAGCAACCUCGGCAGCCCCUCCGCAAUCAGCGCCAACGGAACGGGAGGUGAAAACAUGACUGUUCUAAACACGGCCGAAUGGCUGCUGGGCUGCAGCAGCCCGCCCCCGGCGCCAACCUCCAAGGACUAUGUGAAAACGGAGCCCAUGAACAACAGCGAUGCAGUGACCACGACAGGCGACGCCGUAUUGGACUCGUACGCCGGCUCAGUCAUUACCAGCAGCGGCUACAGUCCCCGCUCAGCGCACCAGUACUCUCCUCCCUUGUACCCUUCAAAGCCGUACCCACACAUCCUGUCCACGCCGCCAGCCCCGUCCAUGCCAGCGUACGCGGGCCAGCCGCAGUUCGGCGGCAUGCAGCAGCCCGCCGUCUACACGUACUCGCAAACGGGCCAAGCCUACGGACUGUCCGGCUACGACCUGGGCGUGAUGCUGCCGGGCAUCAAGACGGAGAGCGGCCUGGCCCAGAGUCAGUCGCCUCUCCAGACGGGCCUGAGCUACAGCCCGGGCUUUACCACGCCCCAACCCGGACAGACGCCCUACUCGCCCUACCAGAUGCCAGGUUCAAGUUUCACGCCGUCGUCGGGCCUCUACGCCGCCGGCAACAAUUCCGUCUCCAGCCCCGCCAACUACACUGCAACUCAGCAGGAAUAUCCCUCCUACACCAGCUUUGGCCAAAACCAGUACGCCCAGUAUUAUUCCGCCUCCACGUACGGGACGUAUAUGACCGCCAGCGGCGUGGAUGGCGGCGCCGGCGCCACCGUGGCCGCCUACCAACUGCAGGACCCCACGCCGGCCAUGACGGGCCAGGCGGCAGAACUUCACCCAGGAGACUUUGAGACGGUGCAGAGGCCCUCCACACCCAUCAAGGAGCUGGACGAGCGAGCGUGCCGCAGCGGCACGUCCAAGUCGCGGGGCAGGAGCCGCAAGAACAACCCCUCGCCUCCGCCCGACAGCGACCUGGAGAGGGUUUUCGUGUGGGAUCUGGACGAGACCAUCAUCGUUUUCCAUUCUCUGCUCACGGGCUCCUACGCGCAGAAAUACGGCAAGGACCCGCCCAUGGCAGUCACGCUGGGUCUGAGGAUGGAGGAGAUGAUCUUCAACUUGGCCGACUCGCACUUAUUCUUUAACGACUUGGAGGAAUGUGAUCAGGUACAUAUUGAUGACGUAUCGUCCGAUGACAACGGGCAGGACUUAAGUACUUACAGUUUUGCAACCGAUGGGUUCCACGCAGCGGCGACCAGCGCCAACCUGUGCCUGGCGACGGGCGUCCGCGGCGGCGUCGACUGGAUGAGGAAGCUGGCCUUCCGCUAUCGACGCGUCAAAGAGUUGUAUAGCACCUACAAAAACAAUGUGGGGGGUCUGCUGGGUCCCGCCAAGAGAGACGCUUGGCUGCAGCUGCGUGCCGAGGUGGAGGCGCUGACCGACUCGUGGCUCACGCACGCCCUCAAGUCGCUUUCCAUCAUCAGCUCCAGGAGUAACUGCGUCAACGUGCUGGUGACCACCACGCAGCUCAUCCCGGCGCUGGCCAAGAUUCUCCUGUACAGUCUGGGCUCCGUGUUCCCCAUCGAGAACAUCUACAGCGCGACAAAAAUAGGAAAAGAGAGUUGCUUUGAGCGCAUAAUGCAAAGGUUUGGCAGGAAAGUAGUGUAUGUUGUAGUGGGGGACGGUGCGGAAGAGGAGCAGGCGGCCAAAAAGCACAACAUGCCCUUCUGGAGGAUAUCCAGCCACUCCGACCUGCUGGCGUUACAUCAAGCACUGGAGUUCGAGUACCUGUAACGCUUCAGCACAAUGGACAUGCUCAUACCUUUUUGUAAAACUAUUUAAGAAAAAAAAAAGUAUAUAUACACUGCAUUUUUUUGUUGUUUCCCAACACUUGGAUUUACAAACUGAAUGGUCUUAAAAACAAAAACGGACGACUGAGCCACAGAAAACAAAAAUGGACUGAACGAAUUCAUGCCGGCUCAUUUAUAUCAUUUCUCCUUUCUGGUCUGUCGCCGGUCGGUGUAAAUUAUUUGCAAUAACAGUGAAGGGGCGAGGUGUGCGUGGUGUUUAGAAAACAAAAAAUUCUGGGGGGGUGUUUUAGUGUGGUGAAUGGGGGUGUUGAGUAUGUGCAUCAUGUGUUGUGCCUUAUUGUGUUUCCAUGUCUGUUCUUUUCAAAAGUGUAAAUAUUAAACCAGGACAAAACAUA